AUGGCGCAAAACUGGGGCCAUUGCAGGAUCAACUUCUAUCGAACUCUUGAAGACUCAGUGCCACGUAACCAAGCUCUGGUCCCACAUGGCGCCCAGCGUGAGCGCCCACAUUUUCACGAGGCGGACACCCCGACGACGGGCAGUACGCGCUACGCCAUCAUCGUGUGCGCGUUCGCUUCGCUCGGUGGGUUUUUCUUCGGCUACGACCAGGGUGUGACGCCCGGCGUGUUGAUUAUGGACUCGUUCCUGAACGACUACUGCGUCGGGUGGCACAACUUCACCUACGAUGACUGCACCCGGUCGUCUUCGGACCUCCCGGGACAGUGGACGAGCUUCACCGUGUGGUACAACAUGGUCUACAACCUUGGUUGUCUGGUUGGAGCUCUGAUUGGCGGCUACGUCGCGGACAGGUACGGUCGUCGAGCUACGAUUUUCUCCGCCGGCGUCCUGUUCUGCAUCGGGACGUCGUGGGUUUGUCUAAACCCCGCACAGGACCACACGCUCAUGUACAUUGCGCGUAUCGUACAGGGCUUCGGCGUCGGCAACUCAUCGUUCUCACUCCCACUGUUUGGAUCUGAUAUGGCCCCGAAGGAGCUGCGCGCGCGUCUGUCCGGUUUGAUGGUGCUGCCCGUCACAUUCGGUCAGUGGCUCGCUAACCUUAUCAACAUCCUCGUCAUGGACGACAGCAACGGCUGGCGUAUUAGUAACGCCGUAUCGAUGAUCCCUCCGGUGAUCGUCAUGUGCGGCAUCUUCUGCGUGCCCGAGAGUCCUCGUUGGACGUAUCAGCAGAAGGGCAGGGAAGAGGCUGAGGCGGUUCUUAAGCGGCUACGACAGACGGACGACGUGCGCCAUGAGCUCGAAGCGAUUGGUGACCAGAUUAACCAAGAAGAGACUGGGAACAAAGACAUGGCUGGACUGUGGGAACCCACGGUGCGACGACGUGUGUUCAUCGCCAUGGCGCUACAGCUCGGCCAACAGGACAUCACAGGUGCCGGUCUCUACGCUUCGCUCCUUCUAAGCGGCGUCAACUGCUUGAGUACCACACCUGGUUUGAUUUGGUUGGAUAAGUACGGACGCCGCUAUAUGGCCAUGAUCGGCGCUGUAGGCAUGGUGAUCGGCCACCUGUUCGCUGCUAUUCUGUUCACGGCGAUCUGCGACGGCAACGUCGACGACUCGGGCUGCCCUUCAGUCGGCGGAUGGUUUAUUUGCUUAGGUACAGCUUUCUUCGUCUUCAGCUAUGCCGUGUCCUGGGGCGCUCUACCUUGGAUCUACUGCUCGGAGAUUUUCCCACUCAACGUACAGACCAAGGGCAUUCUACUUGAGGACAUCGAGACACUCUUCAGCCGCAGUAACCACACGGCUACGUCACCGUCCUACGGCGCGGUCAAGACCCCUGUGGCUGCUACCGACAAGAGCCCAGUCGCCACGGCCUAA